GCAGAGAUGGGAGCAUUGUUGGGGACACUUGGGCGACAGCAGCACUGAAGAGGCACCAUAUCCCACUAUAUCCCACCUUAUUCGAAUGGGCGACAAUAUGGCAUAACGUGGAAGGUAUAGAAGAACGAGGACAGUCCCGUCACACAAUAUAACACCACAUAUCCCUAUCGAGUCCCAAACAGCAUAACUCUCGUUAAGGGGAGAGAAUCAGGAUACCUCACUGCGCCAGGCGCGCGCAAGACCACAGGGAUGCGCCUCUGCUAUCUGCUCCCGUCGCUCCUCCGCGCGUGGACUCUCGCCUACACUCCGCUGUCCGACUCCACCCUCCGCCUCCUCCCCGCCCCCGGCGACGACUUCGACAUCCACACCGGCGACCUCCUCGCGCCCAUCCUCGUCCCUCGUGUCCCAGGCACACCCGGCUCCACCGCAGUCCUCAACCACUUCGUUGACUUCUUCUCCACUAACCUGCCCAAGUGGAAGCUUUCGUACCAGAACAGCAGCCAGGUGACGCCCACCUCCGAUGGCAAACCCGUCCCCUUUGUCAACCUCAUCGCCACGCGAGAUCCGCCCUGGGCAGACGGAGAUGGCGAUGUAGGCCGACUAGCCCUUGUUGCCCACUAUGAUAGCAAACUGACUCCCACUGGCUUCAUCGGAGCCACGGAUUCCGCCGCUCCAUGCGCUAUGCUGUUGCACACAGCUCGCUCCUUGGAUGCUGCUUUGACUGCAAAAUGGGCUGCAGAGGAAGCGUCGGGAGAGUAUAAGAACUUUGGCUCGUUAGAAGCUCAUCGUGGCAUUCAAAUUCUGCUCUUGGACGGAGAAGAAGCUUUCCAUCAAUGGACAGACACAGAUUCUCUUUACGGCGCAAGGAGCUUAGCGGAGGAGUGGGAGAAGACUUCAUACGGAGCUUUGAGCGACUAUCGCAGCCCGCUGAGGACAAUCGACUUGUUCGUUUUGUUGGAUCUUCUCGGUUCCGCGAAUCCAAAGGUUCCGUCGUAUUUCAAAACUACGCAUUGGGCGUAUCAGCUGAUGGCGGAUCUGGAAUCCCGUUUGAGAAAGACCAAAGUAUUCAAAUCGAAUUCGAAACCGUUCCUUUUCGAAGGGCACAAGAGUGACAAGGAUCGCUGGACUGGAGGCUAUGUGGAAGAUGAUCAUGUGCCAUUCAUGGCGAGGGGCGUCGAGAUUCUACACAUCAUAACCAGUCCCUUCCCAGCUGUGUGGCAUAAAAUCGAAGAUGACGGGGAACAUUUGGACAUGGAUACGGUGGCGGAUUGGGCCAUGUUGACGCUGGGUUUUGCGGCCGAGUGGUUGGAGUUGGAAGGCUGGUUUGGUGAUUCCGGCAGCAAAACGGGAGAGGAAACGACGAGAGAUGAAUUGUGAGUUCUUCUGCGUGUUCAUCGUGCCUGGAUACCCGGUUGUUGCAUAGGACACUUGUGGUAUCGAUCUCUUGCAAUGUGAUGGAAUGCCAUACUGAUAAAGACAUUUAUAGAGAUAGUCGUACCACGAUAUGAUAGCAAACCUUUUGC